AUGACAUCGAUCAACAGCUUGACUACAACUUUGAUGCCUAUCUAUAUUUUAAUUAUUUUAUCAUGGUUCAAUCAUUUAACAAUGUCGGAAGUAUGCACGCCGGAUGUUUGUAAUAAGCAUGGUACUUGCAUUCCGAAUAAUUCGAAUUCAUUCACUUGUAAAUGCGAUGCGGGUUUCGUCGGAUCGACUUGUAAUCAAGAAUUAGAUGAAUGUGCAUCGAAUCCAUGUUUGAAUAAUGGUACUUGUACGGACUUAGAGAAUGGUUUUCUUUGUCGUUGUCCACCAGAGUGGAAUGGAACUGUGUGUGCUGAACCGAAGAAUCCAUGCCAAUCAUCGCCAUGUGGUACGUUGGGUAAAUGUAUUGUGACAAAUCAACCGCAAAUUCCCUACUAUUGCCAUUGUCCAGAUGGACAGAAUACGAUGUUCAAAUGUGCUGAUCCAAAUCCUUGUUCACCAAAUCCUUGUGGUUCCGGUGAAUGUGAAAUAACUGCAAAUUUACUCAAUGGUUACAUAUGUCGGUGUCUCGAUGGUACCGUUCAAAUGACAAAUUGUUCUGAACCGAAAGAUCCAUGUGUGACAAUACCAUGUGGACCACAAGGACGAUGUAUAUCAUUAGAUGCUGCACCCAAAGGUUACAUGUGUAUGUGUCAAGUCGAUGGUGUUUCUUAUACGACUAUUGACACAUGUCCAACAACAAGCUCUUUUUGUACGCAUAUGACAUGUAAAAAUGGUGGAAUCUGUGUUCCAUUUUCACCCGAUGAACCGUCAUGUACCGUUGGCCAAUUGGGCUCGACUUGCUGCCAAUGUCCGCCGAACUAUACUGGAUUACGCUGUGAACAAGGUAUGCUUUUCAUCACGGAAUAUCUUGUAACACAAUUCUCAUUGUACACUUUAGAAAUUGAUUUCUGCUCGUCAAAUCCAUGUAAAAACAAUGGACGUUGUCUUUCGGGUAAAGCAGGUUAUCGAUGUCAUUGCUAUGAUGGAUAUAUGGGUGAUAGAUGUGAUGUUAAAACCAUUGGUUCUGGUUGUUCAUCAAAUCCAUGUACAGUUGGCAUCUGUUACCAACUAAAAGACGGAGGUUCAUAUGUGUGUAUCUGCCCAGAUGGAACUCUCAAUCUUUCAUGCAGUUCAACAAACGUCACUCAGAAUUUGUUCACAUUACCACCUUUACCGCCGCAACCAUCCACACCAGAAACAUUGACGUUGUUUGGUAACAAUGCCAAAUUUCGUGGAGGUGCUAGUGUCAAUAUCGGCUCUCCAGUUUCGACUUGCAACCCGUCAACUAAAGAUGUUUGCAAUGGUGGUCAGUGUGUUCUGAUUGAAACGGGUGUCUAUGCCUGCCGCUGUCGAGAAGAUAUCAAUGAAUGCGCAUCGAAUCCGUGUUUGGGCGGCGGAACUUGUUAUGAUUUGAUCAAUGCAUAUUCUUGUUUCUGUCCAGAUCGGGUAUUUCGAUCGCAAUGCAAUAGUUCAAUUGAAAUGAAUUAUAAAUCUAGCUCGGUUUCACUCAACAAUUUAUCAGGUAAUCAGGGAGAAAAAUCAUUCCAAACAGAAUGCCGUUGUCGCAAUGGAGGUAAAUGUUAUUCAAAUUCCAAUAACGAGAAGAUUUGUCAAUGUGUAAAUGGAUUUACCGGCUCAUUCUGUGAAAUCCCUAUCUCAACUCGAAUCAAUUCUGGUCAGGCGAGGUGCAUUCUAUCAUCGUGUCAAAAUGGUGCAACAUGUCAAGAACAAGGAUUAAAUACUGUGUGUGUGUGUAAACCAGGUUAUACUGGUGAACGAUGUGAAACAGAAUAUUUUCGAUGUCAGGGCAAUGGUCGGUUUACAGAUGUAGCAAAUUGUAAACAAGGGCGUUAUUUCGAAUGCGUCUAUUUCGGACAAUAUGAUUUGAAUCUCCCAAAUGGCAUUCUCUAUAGUCGGACAUGUCCACCGGGACUUUGGUUCAAUACAUUAAACGAUCGAUGCGAUUAUCCAAGUGGUGUCAAAUGUUGA